GCAGAGUGCAAAUUUAACGAUGUAGCAUUAUGGUAUUGUAAUACGGAAAUUAAUGUUAUAUACACACCUUGAAUAGUGUCCCUCUCCAUUUCCACCUCUGCCACAUCACAACCUGCCUGAUCAGCUUGCCACCGUGUAAUUGUUGGAAAAGAAAAGAAACUUAUUUGAAACUGAGGGAAAAGAGGGGGAAACCAAAAUUGGAAAAAAUUAGGGUUCUCUCUCCCCAAACCCCCCACACCACCACCUCCAUUACCCGAUUCCCUUCGCUUUCCUCCUCCACUCUGUCACGGACGACCACGCGCAAGUCUGUCGCGGUUCCGUUCUCCACUCCGUCGUCGCCACCUUGCUGCUGCUUGCGCCGCCAACGGGCUCCAACCUCCUCUUCUCUACUCUUCUGUGCAGAGCGAAUUGUCAGACCACGCUCCUCGCUGGUUCCAGUGCCAUUGCAAGCCCUUUGUGCAAAGGUUGCACAUUGAAUUAGUAUUCCCUUCCAACCCAAGGCGGGCAAGUGAGAGCUUUGACCUUAGUGUGUUGUUAUCAUGAAGCGUUCCAAGUCAAAAGGCGGGCAUCAGGUACGCCUAAGGAAUAAGUGUGGAACCUGCUACAUAUUAAGAGCCAAUAACCUGUUGAGAGACCCGAAAGCAGAUAAGCGUUUGACCCAAUUGAUAAGUCAACGAAUUGAGGCUACGCCGUUCAAAUGGUGCUUGUACCUAGAGGAAAAAAUAAGUAUAUCUGGUAUAUUGUUGAGAAAAUUGAUUAGCAGGUGGUCACCAGACGGUGGUGGAUUUAGAGUAGGAACUAGGGUUAUACAUUUCACUCCUCUAGAUGUAUGCUUUGCGCUUGGGUUGUGCAUCUCAGGUGAACCAGUGGAGCGUAAUGAAGAAGCAGAGUCUCAAACUAGAGCUUUAUUUGUUGAUGAUCGCAUCACUUUGGAGGUGAUAUAUGAAAACCUAGAACUCUGUAUGAACGAAGGACGUGUGGAUGAUUUUUGUAGGUUAUACAUCAUUCUUGCGUUUGCGGAUUUCUACUUUCCAAAUACAUCUGACUUUGUGAACAUGAGUAUGUUUAGACUAUUAGAUGAGUUGGACUCCCUUCAUCGGUAUAAUUGGGGUAUGGCAGUGCAUGACAAUUUAGUGUUUAGUUUGAAUCGGGCUGCAAAAAACUUCAAUGAGUCCAAGAAUAGUGAAGACUUAUGGGUUUCAGGUUGUGUAGCUGUAUUGCAGGUGUGGGCAGUUGAACACCUACAAAUGAGGCCAACAAAUACUAUGCAUCACAUUAAGUUUCCACGAGUACUGAGUAAGGUCCACCUUGGGAUAAAGAAGAGGUUAAUAACUUGUGCAUUCGACAUCAAUAAUGUACAAGAAAACCUGGUUAUUAGCAAUGAAGAUCGUGACUACGAUGUUUUAAGGGAAGCCCUUGCAUUGACAAAAGAUGGUUUUUGUGAAAUCCCAAAUCCGUCUUUUGUCGUAGAGGGUUGUCAUUGUGGGUAUCAAGUGCUUGAGGAGGAAAAUAGACAAUUGAAGGAGCAAGUUGUAAGGCUGGAGAAGGAUGUAGUCUUCAUUAAAGAAAUAUUACGUGAACAAGGAUUAUGUAAUAUACUUAUGAUUAAAUUGCACCAAAAUUAUCUAGAGAACCUCCCCUGAAUAAUUAUAUUGGUGCAAUUUUAAAUAAUUUACACAAGUAUUUCAUCACUAUUUUUGGAUUUACA